AUGCAGAAGUCCGUUGUCUCCAUUUUUUGGCCCACAGAUUUGCUGAAUCCUGUGUCUGACCACAACCUGGUUGUAGUUGGAUACAAGCUUAACAGCCAAAUAGUGGUGAUUGACUAUAUCCAGUAUUGCAACUUCAAAAAGCUCAACUUGCAAAUCGAGAGGAACAACCUCUGUCUAGAAAUUAUAGGCACAGUCAACUUCCAUCAUUUGAACUAUAGAAAUUUUAGGUUUGAUGAUUGCACAAACAAACCUGUCAUGGAACCACAUGAAAACCUCAUCCUCUUCAAACCUCCCCUAUCCAAGAAAUUGGAGUAUUACUCCAUCAACCCCAUUUCCGUGGACAUUUUCUGGACUGUGACGUCGCAGGAUGCGCUCCCUUGUUCUCAAACAUCACCUAACAAGCUGGCCUUGCAUUUCGGUAGGCCAUCGAAAACCAGAGACCUCGAAGAUGUCAUGAAAUUCAUUAAUCUCACAGAGUAUACAAGAUACAAGCUUUUGCAUUCCCACAGAAAUAAAGGUUCCUUUUACAAAGACACCAUCGGCCAUUUCAUCAACUGGAUCGGAUCCGUUGUUCUCGCUUUGUAUUGUGCAACCUUUCAACCUAUUUGCAGAAAAAUAAUCAACGUUUUGAGCUAUCCACUGUGGUUCAAUCCGGAAACUAAGACAUAUGUCACCCUAUCGACUUGCAGCUUUGUACUUCAUCAGCUGAAUUUCAGAGCUAAGCAGUUUCACCACCUUCCUAUGCAGUUCCAAAGACUGCGAAACUCCAAUUAUGAAACUGAGAAAUUGCUAAUAAAAGGAACUAGAUUUUCUCCUAGUGAGUACAUCAAAUUCUAUAACUCACUUUGGUUAAUACUUAAUGAUUUACUGAUGGGUAUUGUGAUGUCAAAUUUCUUGUCCAAACAUCAUAGCAUGCUAGUACAGGGAACGAAUUUACUAAUCUCGAAGUUUGAAGACUCGCUAUUAUACCUCAUCAAGUGGCUCAUGAAUUCUCCCGGUGGCUUCAAGCUCAACAACGAACUUGCUGAAUUUUUUGGAGAGCUCUUCAUGUGGGUGCUAGACUUCUGGAAUGAAUACGUACUCCGAACAAUGGUUAUCAACUCGUCUACUAUCAUCAGAGCUAUUACAUUGCUUGUCAAAUUUGGCGGAUUGAAUAUGCUCAUUGCAUCCAUCAUGGACAUUCUGGACCUAUUGUGUAUGCACUUGCGAUGUUUCUAUUUUGCAUCAACUCGUGUAUUCAAUUGGCAAUCUCACAUCCUACAGUCCCUGUUCAGACUAUUUUACGGCAAAAAGUACAAUAUAUUGAGGAACAGAAUAGACUCUCAUAACUAUGAGUUUGACCAGUUGCUUUUCGGUAUCAUCAUAUUCACCCUGUUGGUCUAUCUAUUGCCUACAGUGAUUGCAUUUUAUCUGAGCUUUGCCGUUGGCCGGCUUCUCACUCUCGUCCUUCACACGGCUCUGGAAAAUCUUCUGGUCACGUUUAACCAUCUGCCAAUAGUGGUCCUUCUUCUCAAAGCGAAACAUAAAGAGAGAUUGCCCGGGGGUGUUAUUUUCGAGUGCAGGACUGCACAUAACGGCACUCACUACUUUAUGCUAAUGGCAAGACCCCUGAGUUUGAAGGAAAUCAUCAAUAGCCAUAUCAAAUCAAUGAUGGUGUUCAACCUCAACAACCUCCAGGAGUUCCAGCACGAAGGGUUCAAAGCUAACAUAAAAGAUGUCAUUAAUCAAUGGAACCGCGUAUCGCUGGUUGGAGUACUUAAAAACAUUGCAUUUGGGAACUUCAUAAACAGCUUUGACUAUAAGAGACUGUUCUAA